UGUGUGUGUGUGUGUGUGUGUGUGUGUGCGCGCGUGCGUGUGUGUGUUGUGGGGAGUUACACAAGCAGUUCAGCCUUCUGAACGCUCGCUACAGCGCUUCAGCUUCUUUCCAUCUAUCCUGAACGUCCGAACCGAACCGAAGUCCCCGCAGCAGCUCAGCGAGUUAAUUCAGCUUCUGUAGUUGAUUUCCAGGACACGCGCGUCUCCACGGUGUGUUUUAUUCGUUCCCCAUCGUGGAAACCAGCAUUCACCACCGCAUUAAACCGCGCAGAAAGAUGGAAACCCGGGCUGUAAUGUUUCGUAGGUGAAGAACAGAGUGAGGAGGGUCGUAUCUCCACAGUGUGGAAGCGCGCGAGAACCCGACUUUAAGCGCGCGCUGGAAAGAAAGAUCAGAUCAACAACAUGGAGCUGCAGACGGUGGUUUUGACAACCAGCGCGUCUGUGGGCUUUUUCAGAAUGGUGAACUAUGGCUUUGCCACACUUCCCAUCCCGGAGACGGCUCAGAGGAACACGUGGAAGUGGAGGAACAUCUCCACAUCUUUCGUUCACAGCUUCAUCACGGGAAUCUGGGCUGUGCUGUGUUUCUGUGUGCAUCCACAGAUGGCUGAGGACUUGAUAGCGACGCAUUCCGUCUUCUCCCAUGCUUUGGUGUCCGUAUCGAUUGGAUACUUCAUAUAUGACUUCUUUGACAUGAUUUUCAAUCAGAAGGUCAACCAGUCAUGGGAGCUCCUUUUCCAUCACAUAGUGGUGAUCUCUUGCUUUGGGCUGUCAGUGCUGACUUGCCGCUACGUGGGCUUUGCAGUUGUGGCCCUGCUGGUGGAGAUCAACUCAAUCUUCCUGCAUCUACGGCAGAUGCUGCGCAUGGCCAGUGUGUCCAAAAGCACGCUGUACAGGGUUAACAGCAUGAUCAACCUGGGCACGUACGUGGUGUUCCGCAUCAACACACUGGCCUGGAUGACCCGCUGGCUGGUGCUGAACCGUGAGCACAUUCCGCUGCUCAGCUACACCGUGGGCAGUGUGGGACUGGCCAUCAUGACUGUGAUGAACAUCGUGCUGUUCUACCGCCUGCUGCGCACUGACUUCCUCAAGUCCAGCCGCGAGAAGGAGGUCAAGAAGGAGAAGGAGAAGGAGAAGGAAAAGGAAAAGGAGAUGUAAAAGGUGGAGAGAGCGCGAACACUCGUGUCUGACCUCGAAGCUAACCUGCAGCUCCACCAUUAUUUGCCUUCCAGACGCCAGCGCCUGGUGCCGCUCACUAAAGUUGUUUUUGUUUUCCAUCAAUCUACUAAUUGUAUUCCCCUUUAACCAGCUUGAGCCAGAUUGGUGUAAUCAAAUUUGAAAGGCUGUCAGACCUUUAAAGAAAAUAUCUACAUCAAACAGACGCUUAGACACAUGAGCACUGCUAAAGCCGGGUUUACACUACACAACCUUUACCCCAAUUUUAGCCCAGUCUGGUUGAAUCUGUGCUAGUUGGCUCUAGUCUGCAGAUUUUUGUUUGUCAGAGUCAGAGACUCUGUAAUCUAGUAGCGUAAGCCGGUCAGUGACUCAAUCCAAAUCGAUUCCUGCAACAGCCAAUGAGAACAGAGAGCACAAAAAAAAAGAAAAUACAGCAAGUAAACAAAGAAAAAUGUCCAAAAGUCAUUGAAGUGUUUAACGAGCACAAUCGAGUUUAUGUACAUUUAAAACUCUAAAAAAAAAAAAUCACACUGAUCACAUUUUUAAAACAAUGACCCAUGUGAUCCCUAAUAUUGCAGUCUCCCAAAAAACCUGCA